GAACCUCGAAACACCCCAAACUCUUUUGAGGUCCGCGGAGUAUUUUCUUUGCGAAACUGCAGGGAAAAUUGAGAAAGUAGAAAUGGCCGAGGUUCUUUACAGAGGCAACGCGGACUGGUGGGCCAAUUAAUCUCCUGUGGUGAUAUUCCAGGAGUGGAUGUUGGAGAGUUCAUCGGGUUUGAAUGGGGCCCUACUCAAAUGUUGCUGUAUCCGACACGGCAUGAUCAGACAGCCCUCCUUUCUGUUCAUACCCCAGAGACUGCACCAGACAGCUCCCCAAGAAUGCCCUCCAUUCAAGUUGUCUACAGCGACAAAGAUAUAUACUCACCAAUUCUGUGUAAACUUUUCAACGAGUCACAUGGCAUCUUCAUGACUCUUCAGAAAUCCAAACACGAUUGCACAACCCAGAGAGCAGAGUUAGUUUCUAUCAGCAGGAACUAUCGUUCAGUGAUAAGAGCUUAUCUGGAGGAACUGCAUAGCGCCGCAAAAUCUGCUUUUCCUCAGGAUCCAAGCUUGUCAAUGCAGUAUGAGGAUCAGGUUUCAAUUCUAUCUGCAAUGGAGCUAAUCUGGAAUCUCUGUGAGAUCCUGUUCAUUGAGGCAGCUCAAGGUGGUUCCCUCAUAUCACAUCUUCUGGACUGGAUCAGACUUCAUAUUUGCCAGGUGGACGCUAUGUCUGAUCAGAUCAUGGCUUCCGAAAACCCUGUGGAACAUCUAUACUACUGGAAUGUGGUUACUGGCUUUGUGCUACAAGGCCGAUUGGAGGAGGCUCGACAGUUGCUGUCUAAGAAGGCUGUGACUGAACCUGCAAACAGUUCGAUGUACAGAUGUAUGGAUGAACUGAUGCGAAAGAUGCCUUUUUACGCUCAUAGCAGUAAUCAAACUAUAACUGAGUUUGAGUUGAAAUGGCGUUAUUGGCAAGAGGAAUGUGAGCGAUGCUUGAAAGAGGGAAUUUUUGCAUCCAAUAAUAAACUGCUGCUAAUCUGCAAGAUCCUAGCAGGUGAUGAGAAUGCAGUGUGUGACAAGAAGGAUAUCUUGUCUACCUGGUACCACCUACUGGUCAGCAAGCUGUUGUACUGUCACCCAACUGUAAAACCAACAGACCUUUAUCAAUAUGCUGAGAUCUGUUUAAACAAUUUUAUGUCUUCUGGGAGCAAGCCUGAGGCUCUGGACCGUAUCCUGUUGGCAGCACUCGAAUUCAACAUCCACCAGGUGUUGAAAGACUGCUGCGUCAUUCUGAAUAAUUGGUGGUUUGUGGCUCAUCUGACAGAUCUGUUGGAUCAUUGCAAACUUCUACAAUCCCAUAAUCUUCAUUUUGGCUCAAACCUUCGUGAAUUCCUCAUUCUGGAAUAUGCCUCUGGGCUCUUCAACCACAAUAGCCUCUGGCAACUCGCUGUCGAUUAUUUUGACCACUGUCCACAGUUUGGUCGCAUUUACCUGGAACUUUAUAUUGAGCGUGUACCUCUGACCACUGAACGCAAGGCACUAAAGGUGUUGAGAAUAUGUGAGCAGCGACAGAUGACAGAGCAAGUGAGGAGCAUCUGUAAGAUCAUGGCGAUGAAAGCCAUGCGCAACAACCGACUGGGAUCAGCUCUUUCAUGGAGUGUUCGAGCAAAAGAUUCAUUCUUUGCAACCCUCAUCUCAGAUAGGUUACUUCAGGAUUACUCUGUUAAAGGAAGCUUUUCUGACUUUGACUUGAUCAGUAACCUCGGAUCCUCUAUGCUGCUGAGUGACCGGCUGACCUUCCUUGGGAAGUAUUGUGAAUUUCACAAGCUGUAUGGGGAGAUGCAAUUUGCAAAGGCUGCUAACCUACUGCUUUCACUAAUGACUGCCCGCAUUGCUCCAAGAUCUUUCUGGAUGACACUACUGUUGGAUGCUCUUCCCUUGAUGGAGCAGAAAGAGGUGAUCUUUUCCACGGAGCAGACGUAUGCACUCAUGCACUGUCUGGAGGAUGUGACAGCUGAUUAUACUGAAAGUGAAAAAAAGAUGAGAGCUGUGGAGGGUGAGGAUGAGGUGGAGACAACACAACUCGGCCUCCUCCGAUUGGCUUUCACUCGGAAUCUGGCAAAGGCCAUUGUGCAAGAGGGAACGCAUCAAGGAUCCUGAAAUUAGGCUGGAAUUAUAACCCGAGCAUAUGAUCUGCUAGCCCAGUUUGAUGUGUGGGCUCUCUGAGAGCCCGAGCUUGUAAAUAAAGGUUGCAUUUUUCCAUGGUUUUGAAUCCUGUGCAGAAAUUCACAAUUAAAAUAUUUUGUAUCCAAA